UGUUCGAAAAAACUAUUUCAGGCAACAUAUUUACAAGCUGACCAGUUCUGUAGGGACAUACAUAUGCAGUUGGUUAGUGUUAAAUCGAAGGAAGAGAAUAAUUUUCUGUAUCAGUUGAUCCAGAAAAAUAAUGCCGAUGAAUAUUGGACAUCAGGUACUCGACUGGUUGAUGGAAACAAUUUCAUUUGGAUGUCCGAUGCAACAGUUGUCGAUUAUACAAAUUGGCUGGCAAAUCAACCAGACAACGUCAACGAAAAAUGCUUACAGUUUUGGUUGGUGAGAAAUAAAGAUUUGUUUUGGAAUGACAGAGAUUGCAAUACCCAAUUUUUCUUUGUCUGUGAGAGGGAAAACAAUCAGAAAGAUCCAGAGAAUGAUAAUAAAAAUUGGCCAGCACUCUUCGAAAAUCCAAACGUCUCUCCAAAUAUCAACUUACUGAACUAUAAGGGAAAAAGCUAUUAUUUCAACAACGAGUUUGUUGCAACGUUCCUGGAAGCCAACCAGUUUUGUCAAAUGUUGGAUAUGGAGUUGGUAUCUAUACUAUCCGAAGAUGAAAAUAAUAGAAUCUACAAAUACAUAAGAGAUACCCUUGUUGGUACAUCUUUCUGGUCAUCUGGAACGAAGUUAAUAGAUGACACAAACUGGUAUUGGCUUCCGACUGGAAAAAAAGUGGAAUUCAACAACUGGCUUCCUGGCGUUCCAGAUAACAAAGCCGAAAAGUGCAUACAGCUGAUACAACAGAGAGAUAAAGGUCUCAUGUGGAAUGAUUUGGGUUGCCACGGCCAGCUUAAUUUCAUUUGUCAGUCUCCAACUGAAAAGUAUAUCCGUGGAGGAAAUUGUCCAACAUCUGAAGACUGUCCCACCGCUCAACCUAGCACUGUACCUCCAACUCCGUCUCCAACGCCGUCUCCAACUCCGUCUCCAAAGCCUCAAGACAUCUAUCAUCUCAGUAAAGACAGGCUCACAUACUCGCAAGCAACAGAAGCCUGCCGAAAUCAGUCCAUGAAGCUUGUCAGUAUUCAAACCAAGGAGAAAAAUGACGCUAUAAACAGUGUGUUGCAGAAGAGUGGAGCGAACGAAUACUACUGGACAUCUGGAAAUCGAAUAGCUGACGAGAAAACUUGGAUAUGGCCACCAAGUGAGAAAAUAACCUACUUCAACUGGGACCAAGGAGAACCCAACAACUUAAGAACCCACGAGAAUUGUCUGGAAGUAUUCAAAUCCGGCACUGACACUAAAUGGAACGACGACCCGUGCGAUCAGAAAAACUUAUAUAUUUGCGAAACUCCUGCUCAGGUUCCCACUACAGGAAGUUGCAGCCAGUGUUGCCCAUCAUCAGUUAUCAAUGUUUACGUCAACAACAAUUUGAUAUCGACCAAUGGGACAGACACGAAGAGGAUUUCUACAACAUCUAGUAACAAACCCGGCCAGUCUUAUGACGUUGAAGUUAACAACAACGUGAACGAUGGCGGGCAAAGUGGAAGUAUAACAAAAUCGCCUCCCAGUAAUCGAAUACAUCAUCAUAUCAGCGAGAAGAAACAUCCUGCGAAACAUCCUAAGUCUAAUUGAAUUAUUGGAAAUCAUAACUCGAUUCAACUAAUAUAACAACUAAUAUAAUAUGUAAUAUGUAUAUUAUUUGAUUUAAAUUUUUCUCCUAAUGUCAAUUGAAAGAAAAAAUAUACAGACAUAUACUUAUGAAAACACUC